UGUGAUUAUACCAUUCGAUUUUGUGCAACACGUGUUUGCAUUCCAUUGAUAAAAACAUUGGUGCACGUACAAUAGGGCAACAUCUGUUUCCAAGGGAUCAAUUUGGUAAAGUCCGAUGUCGUUCACAUUAAGACGUGGUAUUCUACGUAUGUCUGUAGCUGACAUUCUGCCAAAGAUGUUCAAUUUAUAAUUAAUCAAAACCGUAGAGGAGUUAAUAUUCUUCAGACAACAGUGAAUUAUUCUAGACGCCAAUGUCAGAUACAUUUGCGUAGAUCCUACUUGUAAAGAGACAGAGGAUUUCACGGAAAGAAAAAGAUGAUCAGGAACACCGUCUGUUCUGUUAAAACAUGCUGCAAUGACGUUUAAGUUGUAUCUACUUGAUAGAAAACAUAUGUGGAUGGAUAAAAUUGUGACAACUUUUACUACAGUGAAUUCAACGGAUACAUAGCUAGUUCAUCACUUCUGACAUCAUUCUUUUAUAUAAUUUUUAUACAUAGUCCUCAAAAAACAGUCAUUCGUGUGAUAAUGAUACCCACAAGAUAUCUAAAGCGACUUUUCGCUAGACUCAUAGCUGUAGCAAUUUUCUUCUCUUUAGCUGUUUUCAUUUUUGACUCUAUAAUGGAUAAUGGAACCGACUCUAAACACGAAUUCGGCUCAGAUCAUGAAAAAGAACAAAAUCCGAAUUUUAAAGACAUAAAAAGAAAAGAUUUAAGUGAUAAAGUUAUUAAGGCUAGUCAUUUUCAUGAGAAUGGUCAUGGAAAUAAAGAAAUAAAAGAUAAUAUUGCUCAAGAAUCUCAAAAUGUAAAUGAUGCAAUUGAUACGGGCCAUAUAGACUCAAAACAAGACAAUGAAGAGUCAAACAAAGAUAAAAAUAUAAAUGCAGAAAACGAUAGAAAUAUUAGACAUAAAGAAAGUAAAACUGAACAUGGCGUUGAGGAUGAAGGGGUCGGGGAUCAAGGACGGAAAGACGAAGGUCAAAAGGAGAAAACUGGUCAAAAUCAUAAAGGAGGAAUCCAAAGUGAAACAGACAAUGAAAAGGAUGGUCGUGCCCAGAUAGAACCUCCAAAGGACAGGAAACAACAACCACAAAACAAUGGACCAGGUGAAAAUGGAGAAGGUGUUGAUAUUGACAAGUCUAAACUAACACGAGAACAGCAGGCGGAUUUUGAUAAAGGAUGGGGUGAUAAUGCAUUUAACCGUUAUGUCAGUGACAUGAUUUCACUACACAGAAGCUUACCUGAUGUUAGAGACCCAGAAUGCAAGACACUGAACUACGGGAAAAAUUUGCCUAGUACAUGCGUAAUAGUAAUAUUUCACAACGAGGCUUGGAGUGUAUUACUACGCACGGUGCACAGUAUUUUGGACAGAUCACCAGAGGAAAACUUAAAACAGAUAAUUCUUGUUGACGAUUUCUCAGAAUUUGAGCAUUUGAAGGAACCUCUUCAAAAGUAUGUUGACCAACUUGAGAAAGUUUCUCUUGUCCGGGCACCUGAACGAUCUGGACUCAUUCGAGCGCGACUUAUGGGCUUUGAUCAUUGUACUGCCCAGGUAGCUGUGUUCUUGGAUUCUCACUGCGAAGUUACAGAGGGUUGGCUAGAACCUUUGCUAUUUAGAAUACAACAGAACGACACAAAUGUUCUGGUACCCGUUAUCGAUUCGAUAAAUGACGACACAUUUAAAUAUCAUUAUUCCGCUGGUUCCGAGUCCGAACCUCCUAUAAUCUACGUCGGUGGGUUCCGAUGGGACUUAAGGUUCCACUGGCAUGCUAUACCAGACCAUGAGAAACAAAGAUUGGAGAGUAAAAGAACAUCACCUAUAAGGUCACCGACAAUGGCAGGUGGUCUGUUUGCAAUUUCUAGCGAUUACUUCCGCAAACUUGGCACCUACGAUAGUGGGAUGGAUAUAUGGGGUGGGGAAAAUCUCGAGCUUUCUUUUAAAACUUGGAUGUGUGGUGGUACGCUUGAGACGAUCCCUUGCUCACAUGUUGGUCACGUGUUCAGAAAAAGAAGUCCCUACAAGUGGGGAAACCGCAAUGCUCUUCAGAGAAACCUUGUGCGUUUAGCUGAAGUAUGGCUUGAUGAUUUCAAGGACUACUACUACAUGAGACUAAAUCAUAACUUGGGUGACUACGGAGAUGUAAGUGAACGAAAAGCUUUAAGAGAGAAACUUCAGUGUAAAAGUUUCAAAUGGUACCUCAACAACAUUUAUCCCGAGCUUUUCGUACCGGGUGAUUCCAUUGCUUCAGGAGAGAUUCGAAGUAAAGACAGAGCUAUGUGUAUAGAUGCUAAUACUGACACCGAGUCUGGCAGGAACCAACCUGUCUCUGUAUACCCGUGCCACUCACAAGGCGGCAAUCAGUUUUGGUUGCUAAGUGGAUUCAACGAGAUCAGACGUGAUGAAUACUGUUGGGAUACCCCUGACGGCCAGCAGGUCAAAAUCUACGGUUGCCAUGGAGGCAAAGGUCAUCAGGAGUUCAUUUACAGAAAUGACGACUCCAUAUAUAACCCAAAUUUCCAGAAGUGCGUGGAAAUGACCUAUGAUGCUCAAGGUCUCCAGCUAGCUAUAUGUAAUGAUAAGCCUCGCCAGAAAUGGCAGAUGAACAGAAACCCACCAAAAGGGCCAAAGAAAGAAUAGCACAACGAAUGUCUUUAUAUCAACAGCUAUAUUUAAGACAAUCCAUUGUGUAAUAUCAAAAGUUGUAUGGAUGAAUCAGUAUAAGUAUAUGAAUGGUACACAAUAGAUUUGUGUUUUCUGUAGCUAUAUGCAAUAGGUUAUAUCAGCUACACAUAUGCCAUACGUUUUUAUACCACAUUGUGUAAACUGGAAACAACAAUCAUUUUAAUAUUAAUCAUGUUUACUAGUUUUUCAGUAUGACAUGAACGUAAUUUUGAACCAUUUACAGUGUAUGUUAAUAUAAAUUCACGACAGUAUUUAAAAAAUGAAAUUUUAGAAAUAUUCGUAAACGCAAAGUUUGUUUGAAAGUGGGAGGAGCUACAGCAGAAUAGAAUGUUUCCAUUGUGUAUUUUAUUAUUCUGAUUACUUGUACUGUUCAUGUAAUGAAUAAAAUAAUUUAUUUAAAAU